AUGGGUCUCUCUCAGGAGCUCAGUGAAUUCAAUUGUGGUACCGUGAUAGGUUGCCACCUGUGUAAUAAGUCAAUCUGUGACAUUUCCUUGCUACUAAAUAUUCCACAGUCAACUGUUAGUGGUAUUAUAACAAAGUGGAAGCAACUGGGAACAAUAGCAACUCAUUCACAACGUGGUAGACCAAGUAAAAUGACAGAGCGGUGUCAGUGCUUGCUGAAGAGCACAGUGCGCAGAAGGGUUGGCCUUAAGGCAUCAGCAUACCAAGACAUUUUGGACAAUUUCAUGCAUCCAACUUUGUGGAAACAGUUGGGGAUGGCCCCU